AUGUACCAAAUUCACGGAAAUCGAGUGAGUUCUCUCAACAAAAAUGUGAAGAUUUUCAGGAAAACUGAAUUUGUAGAUCGCUUGCGGCUGGAAAAACUGUCUGGAGACGUUUGGCUCCACUUUGGACAUGAACGCCCACGUACAGCUGAAUCAUUUGUCUUACUCGGUUCAGGUGCAAGUUUCGGCGUUCCAUCGACCGCCUGACGUGUUCACGCUUCCAGGUUCGAGAUUUUGCAUCAUUUCUCUUUGUUUUGUCCAACAUUUCAUUUCCGAGCAACCAACCAAACACCAUUUUCUCGUUCAGAACUCCUAAAACCAUCAUCGGAAGACCGAAAACCGCAUGUUGCGCCACGCGUUCCCCCGAAUCCAUCGAAUCCGAUCGAAUUGGACGAGGAUCCGGCGGUGAUCGAUCUGGAUUCGUCGAGCGUCUCCGAUCCGUCGACGAGAGUCCGCAAAUUCCGUUGCGGACCGAGAAUCGGCUUCCAUUCUGCCUAUUGGACCUUUACUGACUCGGUUUUUGACAUUUUUAUUGGAAGAAUCAAUUUUUUUGUGUUGUAGAAUGAAUACAAGUGCAAAGAGUGCUCGUCGCAGUUCGUCGCGGCUUCUCUGGCCGUCAGUCACUACAGAAGCCGGCACGGAAUUAAGAAGGUACCGCACAGCAAUUGUCAUUUUUCAACCAAAAAAUCAACCAGAGCUUGUCUCGAAAAUCUCCUGCCGGUCUUUUGGAAACGAAGAACGAGGAGACGGUCGAAGACGCUCCGAAUUCUUCGUCGUCGUCCUCUGGCAUGUCGUCGUCGAAUGCGAUUCGAUGUGUACGUCGCGGAUGCCGACACGUCUUUUCGUCGCAAUCCGACGCCAACGAGCAUUUUUGCGCAAAGCAUGUGAACAAGAGAAAUCACAAAAAGGAGGAGGAGGUAUUUUUGGGGAAUUUUCACAUUCAAAUUGAUGAGAUUCCGAUUCAGAUCGCUCCGAAAGAGGAGCCCGGCGGGGAUGAACCCACGGAGCCGGCCGAUCAGGUAAACAUUUUGCAAAAUGAUUCCUCUAAAAAUUGAUUUAAAAAUUUUAAUCAAUUUUCGAUUUUUCAGACGAUGAGCACCGAGCACAACGACUAG